AUGGCCCUCAGUAUCCGGCAGAAGAGGAGUACCUGGAAUGUAGGCACGUUGACAGGAAGAAGUUUGGAAGUGGUGGAGGAACUGCAGAGGAGAAUGGUUGACGUGGCUGCAUUACAGGAGAUCAGAUGGAAGGGUGAGGGUACAAGGUUUGUGGAGGCUAAAGGUGGAAGAUAUAAGUUGUGGUGGAAGGGGGAUGAUGGUACUGGAGGAGUUGGUGUGAUGGUAAGAGAAGAGUUGGUGGAGAAGGUGUUGGAAGUGAGGCGGAGAAGCAAUGGUGUAAUUGUGAUGGUGAUGGUGUUUGGAAAAGUAAUAGUGAGGGUGAUAUCAGGAUAUGCUCCGCAACAAAGUAGGAAGGAAGAGGAGAAGGAUAGGUUUUAUGAUGAUGUUUCUGACGAGAUUGGGCAAGCGGGGUUGAAUGAGUUUGUGGUGUUGUUGGGUGAUUUGAAUGGUCAUGUGGGGGCGGAUGCAGACGGAUAUGAAGGUGUACAUGAGGAAGGGCGUAGAGUGUUGGAGUUGGCGGAUGCACAUAGCAUGUUUACAGCUUUGAAACACAAAAUUGAUUGUGAGCUAUACAUCUUGAAUGAUGAGAAAAAAAACAACGGCUCGCCAACGGCUCUCCAGCAGGCCUUAAGUGGUCAAGGGGUGCCAAGAAUCCCUGGGAAGUAUGCAAUAGUGGAGGGAUGCUGCAGAAAAAUUCAGAAUGGCCCUUCUAUGGUACUUGGAACGCUCAAUGUUGCAUCACUGACUGGCCCCAGCAUGAAAAACGCAGAAAUGCUCGAGCGUAAAAGGAUUGACAUCUGCUGCCUUCAGGAAAUCCGAUGGAAAUCGAAUGGUGUCUGUCAUGUCAACUCAGACAAAGGAAAAAUAUAA